CCCAUAUUCAGUUUUUUGCAAGUUGUUGGAUCAGGUUACCAGGAUUUAUACUUGUGCACACCCAUCCUGUUUUCCCCAGUCUUCAUCUUUUCAUGAGUAUUGUUGCGGACACAAAUUCUUAAGGACUUGGCUUCAGUAAAACAAAAUAUUUUGAAAUUAUAUUGGGCUAGUUCACCAAUGUUCAGAGACUAUGGCAUUUAUGUUGCUGAAUCUCUGUGCUCCUGCCCUCUUCCUGUGUCUUCUGAAAGCUGGGAGUAUCAGAGCCCAAUGCACACAGCCAGAUGCGGAUUUACCUAUUAGGCAAAGUUUCCCAGAUGGAUCCACUGUAACAUUUGAGUGCGUGAUUGGACACAGGCCAGUUGACUUAGAAGCAUCUAGAUCAAUUACCUGUCAGGGAAACCAGUGGACAAGUCUGGAACUCAGUUGCUCAAGAAAAUCCUGUGGAAAUCUUGCAAAUUUCUUUCAUGGGAGAUAUGAAGUAACUGGAAAUUUAUUUGGUGACACAGCUAAACCAGUUUGUGACAAAGGAUACAUGUUAGUGGGUAAGGAAACAACAAGAACAUGCAGAGAUCAGGGAUGGGAUGGCCGAGAUCCUCUCUGUGAACCGGUGAAAUGUUCAGCACCUCCAGCUAUAGAAAAUGGACAACUUGAAGAGGAGUCUUUGGAGAGUUAUGAUUAUUUAAAUGCAGUCUCCUAUAGAUGUAACAGAGGACUUAAUCUUAUAGGACAGUCAACACUUCAUUGUUCUGAGGAUGGAACCUUUAAACCAGAUCCACCGAAAUGUGUUGAUGGGUGUCCAGUGCCUACAAUUCCAAAUGGAAAAAGAAUUGGUGGAAAAUCACCCCCCUACAAACUGGGUAACUUUGUAGAAUACAAAUGUGAAGAUGGCUAUACAAUGAAAGGAGAAGCUUUUAUUGUGUGUAGAGCAAAUGGAUGGGACCCUGAACCACCAACGUGCAUUGGAAAAUCCUGUGGAAAUCUUGCAGAUUUCUUUCAUGGGAGAUAUGAAGUAACUGGAAAUUUAUUUGGUGACACAGCUAAACCAGUUUGUGACAAAGGAUAUAUGUUAGCGGGUAAGGAAACAACAAGAACAUGCAGAGAUCAGGGAUGGGAUGGCCGAGAUCCUCUCUGUGAACCGGUUAAAUGUUCAGCACCUCCAGCUAUAGAAAAUGGACAACUUGAAGAUGAGCCUUUGGAGAGUUAUGAUUAUUUAGAAGCAGUUACUUAUAGAUGUAACAAAGGACUUAAUCUUAUUGGAAAUUCAACACUUCGUUGUUCUGAGGAUGGAACCUUUAAACCAGAUCCACCGAAAUGUUUUGAUGGGUGUCCAGUGCCUACAAUUCCAAAUGCAAAAAGAAUUGAUGGAAGAUCACCCCCCUACAAACUGGGCAACUUUAUAGAAUACAAAUGUGAAGAUGGCUAUACAAUGAAAGGAGAAGCUUAUAUUGUGUGUAGAGCAAAUGGAUGGGACCCUGCACCACCAAGGUGCAUUGCCCCAUCUACAACUCCCUCUACUGCCACGACUACCACAAACGCUGUGACUUCCACAGUUCACACAACAUCCAAGGCUCUUAAAGAGAAGGAAGAUGAAACAAAGACAAAUACAAAAGACUCAAGUAUGUCUAUAGGGGCAAAAGUAGGGAUUGCUUUAGGUGUUGUGGGGCUGGUUGUGAUUGGAGGGGUGAGCCUUGUGUAUUUCAUGAAACGCUCAAAACAUGAAAAGGUUGAAAAGGAGGAGGAGGAAUUAUAACUCCCUCACAUACUUGGCCGUCAUGAAGUUGUCCUGGAUGAAAUCCAAGUGAAAAAUCCUGCAAAUAUAUAUAAUUUAUAUACACACUUCCCAGAAUCCGGCGAGAGGAGGACUGAUUUCCCGCAACGAAUUGCUCCAUAAUCACACUCAAUGUUUCUUUAAAAAGACAAGCGUAAUUUGGAAUAACUCCUUUCUAGCAGUCUCUAACUCUAAAACAGAUCUGUCUUUACAGAAGUCAGGUUGAUUUCACGUUUAUAAUGUGUAUGCUUGUCAUUUCUUAAUUUUUAACACUUAAUACAGUGAUCACUCUUCUCUUAAUGAUGUUGCUGUUCCUCUUCCUGAGAACAUCUUAGGAUUCAUUUAAAAAAAAAAAAAAUUGCACUGACUGUCCCUUACCUCACUGAUUUAGCCGAGGGUUACAUUUAACAUUAAUAUUUUAUGUAGAAAGUCUGAUCACAUUUAAAAGAGAUGAAUGUCAUGGUAUUUGGGAAUCCACAUGUACAAACAAAACCAAAUGUUCUACAAUGCUUAAGGCUUUGUUUUAAUUUUUCCUGAUGUUACUUUUCACUUGGAUAAAACGUGUGUAUAUUAACCUUCCAGUAGACAUACUGCAGAAUGUGAUUUGCUAUGCAGAUUUUAAUUUAAAAGUUCUGUUUAAUCCUGCUGAAGUACUUAAAGUGCCUAUUGAUUCCAAGGUUUUUGUUCAGGGUUAUCUAGAUGUAUGUGUUGAGCAGGAUUUGUAUAGGUUCUAAUUACAUUAGAAAUGUUUUGAUGUUGGUCUCGAUUACAAAUUUACAGAUCUAAUGUAAACGUCAUUUACUUUUGUCUGUUUUAUCAAUAUUUACAUAUUUUCCAAAGUAUUUAAGCCCAAAUACCUAAUUGCUUUUUGUUAUUGGGCAUUGUUUUUUACCCCCCUUUUGAAAAAGUUUGCUAAUUUUAAUAUUUUAUACUAUCUAACUUGCGCUUGCCAAAUUGCUUGCCAUGUUAAGUCGUCUAGUUCAGUUCAUCUAAUAUUUUCAGUAAUUUUUAUUAAAUUGGUCAAAUAGUAAUUUAAUUUUAACAGCAACAUUUUCCCCUAAUGAGUGGUUUUUCAUUUGUUUGUGUGGCUGUUGUUUUUUUUUCUCUGCUUGUAAUUUUAAAGAUGUAUCAUAUUGUUUUAUUGUAACAAUUAGGUGUUGUUUAGAUUGGUUUUGAACUACUACUUUUUUGUGCCAUUUUUUAACUAGGAAUGCACUGACAUGGCUCUGCGACAGUGUUAAUUCUGGAAAUCAGCAAAUAUAAAUCCACCUCUUGCAAUUCUGUAUUUCACUGAGAUGUCUGUGUGCCUGGAAGAUCUCAAAAUUAAAGCUCCACAAUCAAAACAGAA